AUGAGUUUUGGGUAUGAGCAUAAUGUUAACGAGGAUUGUGAAGCAGAAGAGUUCUUAAAAUAUAUCCCAACGUUGGCCAAACCUCUGAAAGCUCCCCAGUCUUUAGAAGGAGCUAAAACAUCAAUUCGUGCAGGAUCAGAUGUAGAUAGUAGCUCCGAUAACUGUUCCGUUAUUUCUGCUGAUGACUUUUACCAAACGCAAAAUCACAUUUACGAUACUUCCGGCCUGAAUUCUGAAGAUGAUUUCCCUGUUGCAGAUAUAUCAACGUGUUCGGAGAAUUCUUUAUUCCCUGCUUCACCAGUAAAAAGGGAUUUCUUCACAAUGGAAUCCGAGCACAUCAUGGACCGCAUAAAUAAAAGCAAUGCCGCCGAUAAAGUGACGAGCAGUAGUAAAAGGCAGUUUAAGCGAAAUCGUGACUCACUAGCAAAACAAUUUCUUCAUAUUCUAAAUAUGGAAGUCUUUCAAGGAAAACUGACAGAGUGUAUCCUUGAUAAUGAAAUUUUGGUAAUGUGGUCCAAGUCUUUUAAUACUACGGCAGGAAGAGCUACUUUAAAACGGCCGCGGUCAAAAAGCAAUCUGAUUCAACAUGUUCAUGCAUACGUUGAACUUUCUGAAAAAGUUGUUGAUUGCGAAUAUAGACUGUAUAACACAUUGGCCCAUGAGUCAUGUCACUUGGCUUGCUGGUUAAUUGACAGGGAAAUGCAAUCUCCUCAUGGAGCGUGUUUCAAAGCUUGGGCCAAGCGUUUGAUGAACAAGUUCCCCUCGAUUGAAAUAACCUCAAAGCACAAUUAUGAUAUUGAUUAUAAAUACAAAUGGCUUUGCAUCAAUGAAGCUUGCAACAAACUUUACCAAAGACACUCUAAAUCUGUUGAUCCCAAGAGACACGUUUGCGCACUUUGUACUAGUCGACUCGUUCAAAUUGCUCCAGUAGCUAGAAUACUUAAUCCUUUUCAGCUAUAUAUGAAGGAAAAUAUGGCAAGGAUAAAGCGGCACUAUCCUAUGCUCUCACAUAAAGAAUUGAUGAAUAAAGUGGCUUCUGAAUAUCGCCAAACCGUAUCAACGCAACCUCGGAGACCUGGGUCUCCUGGCUAUCUUAAUGUAACGCAGAAACUUGAUGAUCUAUCAUUAAAAUAUAAAUAG